CCAGGCUCCCCCCAUUUUUAUUUUUCACACCACGACAUCCCGUUGAUGGACCCCUCAUGAGAGCUUGAACACCUCCAUUUCACAAGUGCCUAAGUCCUACCGCAACCCAAACCCCAGCCUUGGGGAUUUGUGCGUCAAGGGACCAGGAGCCAAAAAGGGGUUUGUAAAACAUAAAAGUCGCACGCUGCCCUAGGCGCUGCAAAGAUGGCCAAGGACAAAAAGGGCAAGGGCAGCGACAAGAAGGCCAAGCUGGCCGAGAAGAAGGCCAAGCAGGAGAAGAAGGCGGAGAAGAAGGCCAAAACCAAGGCGGCCAAGGCAGACGACAGCGAUGGCGAGGACGUGGACCUGGAUGCGGUGCUAGAGGAAUACAAGAGGCAGCAGGAGCAGUACCUCAAGGUGACGGAGACAGUGGCCGAGGCGCCGCCGCGGGCGCGGGCGGCGUCGUGCCUGCUGGCGUCCCCGUGCAACAGCAAGCAGCUGCUCAUGUUCGGGGGCGAGCUCUUCAACGGGGCCGUGGCCACCUUCUUCAACGACCUGCACGUCUACCACGUCGACAAGGACGAGUGGCGCACCGUCACGUCGCCCAACGCGCCGCUGCCGCGGUCCGGGCACGCGUGGUGCCGGGGCGGGAACCAGGCCUCGUCCGUGUACCUGUUCGGCGGCGAGUUCAGCUCGCCCAAGCAGGGGACCUUUUACCACUACAACGACCUGUGGCAGCUCGACGCCGCGUCCAAGGAGUGGACGCGCCUCGAGCCAAAGGGCAAGACGCCGCCCGCGCGCAGCGGCCACCGCAUGACUUACUACAAGAACUACGUCGUCCUGUUCGGCGGCUUCCAGGACACGGCCAACCAGACAAAGUACCUGGCCGACCUGUGGCUGUACGACACGCAGAACUUUGUCUGGUACAGCCCGGCCCUGCCGGCCGCCCAGCUCAAGCCCGACGCGCGCUCGUCUUUUACUUUACUCCCGCACGAGCAGGGCGCCGUGCUGUACGGCGGCUACUCACGCGUCAAGGCCACCGUGGCCACCAACGCACGAGGCAGCAAGGGUGGCGGCGGCGGUUCCGGCGGAGGAGGAGCACAGCGCAGCGUGCUGAAACCCAUGGUGCACCAGGACUGCUUCUUCCUGCGCAUCACGCAGCCGCCGCCCGAGGCGGCGCCGGGGACGGCGCCGGCGGUGCGGUGGGAGCGGCGCAAGAAGCCGGCCAACUCGCCCGAGCCCAAGCGCGCGGGCGCCACCAUGGCCUACCACCACCGCGGGCGGCGCGGGAUCCUGUUCGGCGGCGUGCACGACGUCGAGGAGAGCGAGGAGGGCAUGGAGAGCGAGUUCUUCAACGGCCUGUUCGCCUGGAACAUUGAGCGGAACCGCUUCUUCCCGCUCGCCCUGCGCAAGGCCCGCGCCGGCGGUGGGCAGAAGCGCGGCGGUGACCAGGGACAACAGCAGCAGAGGGGAGGUCGGAGGGGUCGCGCGCAGGCCAACGAGGAGGAGCUGCUCAGGCAGCUGGCCGCGCUCGAGACGGGGGCGUCGCUCGAGGACGCCGACGCCAUGGAGAUCGACCUCGGCGGGCGGCAGAAGGCGGAAGGGGACGACGAUGACGGCGGCAAGCCGGUCAGGGAGAUGCCGGUUUCCAUGGAGUUCCCGCACCCGCGCUUCAACGCGCAGCUCGCCAUCCAGGACGACGUGCUCUACAUCUACGGCGGCACGUUCGAGAAAGGCGACCGCGAGUUCACGUUUGACGACAUGUACGCCAUCAACCUGGACAAGAUGAACGGCUGUAAGGAGAUCUUCAACAGGCCUACCGAAGACUGGAUCGAGUCCGAGGACGAAGAAGACGACGAUGAGGAUGACGAGGAAGACGACGAGGAUGACGAGGACGAAGAUGUGGAAAUGGACGUCACUAGCCCCAAGAAGUUCACUCCCAGCAAGCGCGGCAAGAAGCCCGAAGAACUGGAGUCCAUCGCCGAUACGGACUCAGGCCUGGGCUCGUCCACCGUUUCGGAAGAAGACGAGACGGAAGCGACAGAGGCGGCGGUGGACGACGGGCUGCCACACCCAAGGCCCUUCGAGUCCCGGCGCGAGUUCUUCGUGCGUACGUCCAACGAGUGGCAGGAGAUCCUCAUGACGAACCUGCGCUGGAAGAACAUCCAGCCCGAAAGCCUGUCCAUCAAGGAGAUCAAGACCAAGGCAUUUGAGCUGAGCGAGGAGAAGUGGUGGGACUGCCGGGAGGAGAUCACGGCGCUCGAGGAUGAGCAGGAGGCCGCGGGCAUCGGCGAGGUGGUCUCGCUCGCGGACCGCGGCGGCGGCGAGGGCGGCGGCGCGGGGCCUGGGGCGACGGGCGGUGCGAGGCGGCGGUGAUGUGUUUUUUUUUUGUUUUGAGGGAAAAUGUAGAGUCAAGAAACUAGACAUCAAUUCGAUCAAUGGCCAGCGGAGCUGCCGCUGUCGUCCUAGCGGUAAACCGC